GUAAUGAAAGGCCUUUCUCUUGAAUAUACAAAUACAUGGUCAUUUGUCACUAACAUGGACCUUUCAAGCAACAAACUUGUUGGAGACAUACCUGCAGAGAUAACUGAACUCUACGGAUUGGUGGGUCUCAAUUUGUCCAAUAAUCAUCUUAGUGGAGGCAUUCCAGUCAGCAUUGGAAACAUGGCAUCAUUAAAUUCUCUGGAUUUAUCGGGCAACGAGUUGGACGGGCUAAUCCCCCCAAGCAUUGCAGCUUUGACUUUUUUGAGCCAUUUAAAUUUGUCAAAUAACAACUUGUCUGGGCAAAUUCCAACAGGAAGUCAACUGCAAACCCUCAUCGAUCCAUCAAUAUAUGCAGGGAACAAAGAUCUAUGUGGAGCUCCAUUGCCAAAGAAUUGCUCCAAUCAUGAAGUGUUAACCACAGCGCCCAAGAAAAAAUAUGAAGCAGUUGAUGAGCCCAAUAAGGUAUGGUUUUAUGUGGACAUAAUAUGUGGUUUUGCAACAGGGUUUUGGGGUGUUAUUGUAGUUUUGAUGUUGAAGAAGCAGUGGAGACACAAGCUUUUCAUCUUUGUUGAGGAGUCAAUGGACAAGAUACACGUUGCAGUCAUGGUAAGAGUUAACAAGAUGAAGAGAGGAAGAGGAGCCAUGUAGAGUUAUCUAGUCAUUAAUAUGUUGCAGAAAAUUUGUUGUAUUUUCCUUUAGUAUUUCUCCAUAACAUUGUUAAAUUUGCUUCUUACCACAAAUGCAUGAAGUCAAG